AUUUUGGGUUGAAGCUUUGUAACUGUUAAUCCUCGUGGUUCUUGUGUGUUUAGCCUUUGACUCACUAGCCUUUGUCUUUCUUCUUGUAAUCUUCUUCAAAAAUUGGCUUUUGACUUCCAAAUAUGGCUUCUUUUCUGUGGGUUUUGCCUCUGUAUUAGUUUCCUUUUUGUGGAUUUGAAAUGACUCUCUCGACUGAAUCCCUUUUGGCCGAAUUUAGGGCUUUCUUUGAUCUGAAUCCAACGCUUAAAGUUCGCAAAUUGAACCCACUUAGUUGAAAAAAAAAUUUGCAGCUUCGAUGCAUUUUUCACUGUGGAAACCCGUAGCUCACUGUGCUUCUCUGAUCUUAGACAAGAAGGGAAAGAGAAGGGAUGGGUCUGAAUCAGCUGCUGAAACCAGGAAGAACCCUUCAAUUCUCCGUAAACUCCAUGAAAGCAAGCUCAGGGAAGCUCUGGAAGAGGCUUCUGAAGAAGGGUCUUUGUUCAAGUCCCAGGACAUCGACCCCGAUUCACUAGCCUAUCAAGAUGAGAGCUUGGGACGAUCGAGAUCCCUCGCAAGACUCAAUGUGCAGCGCGAAUUCUUGCGAGCCACCGCCCUCGCCGCAGAGCGCACAUUCGAGAGCGAAGAUUCCAUCCCUGAUGUCCAUGAGGUAUUCAGCAAGUUCCUCACAAUGUACCCAAAGUACCAAUCAUCAGAGAAGAUUGAUCAAUUGAGGGAAAAUGAGUAUUCACAUUUGUCACCCAAGGUAUGCCUUGAUUAUUGCGGAUUCGGGCUUUUCUCUUAUGUUCAAACUUUGCAUUACUGGGAAUCCUCAACGUUUAGCUUGUCUGAGAUUACUGCAAAUUUGUGUAAUCAUGCACUUUAUGGUGGUGCUGAGAAAGGCACUGUGGAGUAUGAUAUAAAGAGUAGGAUAAUGGAUCACUUGAACAUUCCUGAACAUGAAUAUGGCCUUGUGUUUACUGUAAGUCGAGGGUCUGCCUUUAAGUUGCUGGCCGAUUCAUAUCCAUUUCAAACGAAUAAGAAGUUGUUGACAAUGUUUGAUUACGAGAGUCAGUCCGUAAAUUGGAUGGUUCAGAGUGCCAGGGAAAAGGGUGCAAAAGUUUACAGUUCUUGGUUUAAAUGGCCAACUCUUAAACUUUGCUCCACUGAUUUGAGAAAGCGGAUUUCGAAUAAAAAGAAGAGGAAGAAGGAUUGUGCUACUGGUCUUUUUGUUUUUCCGGUGCAGUCUAGAGUAACGGGGUCUAAGUAUACUUACCAGUGGAUGGCAUUGGCUCAGCAGAACAAUUGGCACGUCUUGCUUGAUGCUGGUUCAUUGGGCCCCAAAGACAUGGAUUCACUCGGCCUGUCUUUGUUUCGUCCGGAUUUCAUUAUCACAUCAUUCUACAGAGUGUUUGGAUAUGAUCCAACUGGAUUUGGAUGCCUUCUUAUUAAAAAAUCAGUUAUGGGAAGCCUUCAGAACCAAUCUGGAUCGACCGGUUCUGGAAUGGUGAAGAUUACCCCCGAGUACCCUCUCUAUAUGAGUGAUUCUGUAGAUGAUCUUGAUGGGUUGGGUGGAAUCGAGGAAAAUGAAGUUGGUGUGAAUGAUGAUAAGCCCUCAGAAAACCGUCCAGGAACGCAGCUGCCUGCCUUUUCUGGUGCGUUCACAUCUGCUCAAGUUCGGGAUGUAUUUGAGACGGAAAUGGAUCAAGAUAAUAGUACUGACAGAGAUGGUACAAGCACCAUAUUUGAAGAAAGCGAGAGUAUUUCUGUUGGGGAAGUGAUGAAAAGCCCCAUCUUCAGUGAAGAUGAGUCAUUGGACAACUCAUUCUGGAUUGAUUUGGGUCAGAGUCCAUUGGGGUCUGACAGUGCAGGUCAUUUGAAUAAGCAGAAAAUAUCCUCCCCGUUGCCACCGUUUUGGUUUAGUGGCAGGAACAACCACAAGCAGCUCUCUCCAAAGCCAACAUCAACAAUAUAUAGCAGCCCGAUAUAUGAUGAAAAAGAUCUUCACCUGGGGCGUGAUGAUCAGCAUGUGUUAUCAUUUGAUGCUGCUGUUCGAUCAGUUUCACAGGAACUGGACUGCAUGAAGGAGAUCCCCGGUGAAGCACAAUUUGCAGGAACUCAUAAGAAGGCUUUGGAUCGUUCACAUCUUCUGGAAAUCCAGGAAGAACAGGAUACCAGCAAAUCACUGGCUGUGGAGUCUGUAUCUAAUUCUUCUGUCUUUCGGAAUAAUGGCCUAGCAAAUGGCUCAACAUCGGAAAUUACCUCGGAGAUUAAAGACAGUGCCAUUAGAAGAGAAACUGAAGGUGAAUUUAGGUUACUGGGGAGGAGGGAAGGAAAUAAGUAUAAUGGUGGUAGAUUUUUCGGGUUAGAAGAUGAACAUCCUAGUAGGGGAAGAAGGGUCUCCUUUAGCAUAGAGGAUAGUCGUAAAGGGAACACGAGUUGUACUUUGGAGCCAGGAGAAGCAUCUGGGAUCAGCCUUGAUAAUGAAGAAUACACCAGCGAUGGAGAAUAUGGUGAUGGACAAGAUUGGGACAGGAGGGAGCCGGAGAUAUCUUGUCGGCAUCUUGAUCACAUUUACAUGUUAGGGCUCAAUAAAACCACUCUUAGAUUACGAUUUUUGAUUAAUUGGCUUGUAACCUCGUUACUGCAGCUCAGAUUAUCUAAUUCAGAUGGAGAUGGAAGGGCGAAUCUUGUUCACAUAUAUGGCCCAAAAAUAAAGUAUGAAAGGGGUGCAGCAGUGGCUUUCAAUGUGAGGGAUCGAAACCGGGGACUCAUUAAUCCGGAGAUUGUACAAAAGUUGGCUGACAGAGAAGGUAUCUCUCUUGGUAUAGGUAUCCUCAGUCACAUACGAAUAUUAGAUAGUUCCCGACGAGUGGUUUCAAACCUUGAGGAUACAACGCUGUGCAGACCGAUGGAAAAUGGUCGAAAUAACAGGAAAAGUGGGUUCGUUAGAGUUGAAGUCGUUACAGCAUCACUCGGCUUCCUUACUAAUUUCGAGGAUGUCUAUAAGUUGUGGGCCUUUGUGGCAAAGUUCCUUAACCCAGAAUUCAUCAGAGAGGGUACACUUCCAACGGUCGCAGAAGAAGAAUCUGAGACAUAACUUGUGAAAUUUAGCAAUUCAAAAUCAUUUUGCUAAAUAAUCCGGGAGUCUGACCGGAAGAUUCAGAAGUCCCUGGAGAGGAUUUGGAGGUACUCAUAUAUGCAUUCCAUGCUCAUGUCAACUCAUGCUUAUCGUUGCUUGAAUUUUUCUCUCAUUUGGGCUUGCUCUCGUACAGUUAGUUUCAGAAAUAUGUACCAUUUUGGAUGUUACUGUGACCUCAAAGCAGUGUACAAGAACAGAACUAUUACCACUUAGAAUCUAUGUUCGAUUUGUUCUACGUUUUUUUUAUAUGUAUUUGGUAGGUUAUUGGUGAAUCAAAUACCUAUACCUACAUUGAUAUAUGUUUCGGAUAUUUGCAUUUCAAGGAAAAUGAAGAGCUGGUGUAACAUA